AUGAAAUUCCUUAAUGACAAUAAACAAUUUAACAAGACACUUGAAUUAUUUGAUAAACAUAGAAAAUCUAAAAUUCAAACAUUUUCUAGUUUUACCAUUACACAAGCUUUAAAAGCAUGUACUCAUCUAGGAGAUCUUCAACGUGGAAAAAAUAUUCAUCAUUUAAUUUCAACACAUAUAAAAGAAGACGUUUAUAUAUCAACAUCAUUAAUUCAUCUUUAUAUGCAAUGUGGAGAUGUCCAACAUGCUGAAUUAUUAUUUGAUAAAUCAACAGAUAGAGUCUUGCCAAUGUAUGGAGCAAUGAUGAAAGGUUAUUUAAGGAAUAAUAUGACAGAUAAAGCAAUUGAUUUUUUCAAUAAAAUUGAAAAUCCACAUGAAAUUCUUGUAAAUCUUUUAUUUAAUACUUGUGCUCAAAUUAAAACAACUGACGCAUUAAGUUUAGUAAAAAAGGUUUCAAAAGAAAUGCCAAAAUCUUUUCAUUCAAACCCCUAUAUUUUAUCUUCUUUAUUGGAUGCAUUCAUGAAAUGUAAAGAUGUUAAACAUGCUGAGUUAUUAUUUGAUCAAUGUACAAGCAAAGUAUUACCAAUGUAUGGAGCAAUUAUGAAGGGUUAUAUAGAAAAUAAUCAAGCGAAUAACGCAAUUGAUCUUUUCAAUAAAAUUGAAACUCCAAAUAAAAUUCUUAUCAAUCUUUUAUUUAAUGCUUGUGCUCAAUUAGGAACGAAUGAAGCAUUAGGUUUAGUAAAAAAAGUUUCACAAGAAAUGCCUAAAUCAUUUUAUUCAGAUCUUUAUAUUUUAUCUUCUUUACUGGAUGCAUUUAUGAAAUGUAAAGAUGUCAAACAUGCUGAAUUAUUAUUUAAUAAAUGCACAAAUAAAGAUUUACCAAUGUAUGGAGCAAUGAUGAAGGGUUAUAUAGAAAAUAAUCAAGCAAAUAAAGCAAUCGAUCUUUUCAAUAAAAUUGAAAAACCUGAUGAAUUUAUUUUAAGUAUUUUAUUUAAUAUUUGUGCUCAAUUGGGAACGAAUGAAGCAUUAAGUUUAGUAAAAAAGGUUUCACAAGAAAUGCCAAAAUCGUUUCAUUCAAACCCCUAUAUUUUAUCUUCUCUGCUGGAUGCAUUAAUAAAAUGUGAAGAUGUCAAACAUGCUGAAUUAUUAUUUAAUAAAUCAACAAAUAAGGAUUUACCAAUGUAUGGAGCAAUUAUGAAUGCAUAUAAUAAAGAAGAUAAGUCAUUGAAAGCAUUGAAUUUAUUUAAUCAAAUGAAAAUUGAUGGUGAUUAUUCGAUAUGUGAAUCAAUUGUUAAAGAUAUUCCAGAUGUUCUACUUAAUAAUGAAAUCGAAAAUGCAUUAAUCGAUAUGUGGGGAAAAUGUGGAUGUACAGAUAAAGCAAAAGAAGUUUUCGAAAAAAAUCCUAAACCAGAUCAAGUUGCAUAUACAACAAUGAUUAAUAGUUAUGGUUUAAAUGGAAUGGGUGUUCAAGCACUUGAACUUAAUCGUAAAAUGCCUGAAGAAUUCAUCAAUGAAGUGACAUAUAUUUGUGUCUUAAAUGCAUGUUCACAUUCCGGACUUAUUGAAGAAGCUCGUUCAAUCUUCAAAAAUAUUCCAACAAAAACGGAGAGAAUUAAUGGCACAAUGAUUGAUUGUCUUAGUCGUGGAUCGUAUUUUGAAGAAGCAGAAGAAUUGAUUGAUGAAUAUGAACGUUUCGAUUUACCGGUGUUAACUAUGUACAUGGCGUUAUUAUCAGGUGCAAGAAAUGCGAACAAUAGUGAAUUAUCACAAAAUAUUUAUGAUCGCAUGAGGAAAAGUUUUCCUGAUAUAAAAAAUUCACUUACACCAGCUGCUGUUCUUCUUGCUAACGCUUAUACAUCAUCAGGUGAUAUUGAUACAGCAUCAAAUAUUAGAAACGAAUUAAAUCGAUCAGGUGCUAAGAAAAAAAUCGGUCUCUCAUGGACUGUAAUCAAUGGACAUGCAUUCGAAUUUCGAGCACAUGAUCAAUCACAUCCUCGAUCAACAGAAAUUUAUGCUGAAAUAAAAAAAAUUUCUAAACAACUUAUUCAACAUGGGCAUCAAUAUGAUUCAAGUUGGAUUACACGUCCAUUAAAUGAUGAUGAAACUGUCGAAUCAGUUCUUUGUGGACAUAGUGAAAGACUUGCAAUCGCUUGGAACUUUGUUCAAAAUCCAAAUGCAACACAAAUUCAAGUGACAAACAAUCUUCGUGUUUGUGGUGAUUGUCAUCGUGCUAUUAAACUAAUCGCUGCUAUUCGUCAAUGUGAAAUAAUUGUGCGUGAUGCAAAUCGUAUACAUCACUUCUCAACGAAUGGACAAUGUUCAUGUAAUGAUUAUUUCUAA